UUUCCAGUCGGACCAUAUACCGGGGAGCAUCGUCACUCUGUGAUUGUAACGUUGUUAUUAUACAUCCACGGGUCGUAACAUUAACCGACACUAUCUCGUUCCUUGACCUUAAUCCAGCUACUUCACACUUGGCUAUGCCAGCUACCCUGCCGAUCCUAGUAGCAUGGACCAGGCCCACAGGGAGGUGCUACGAAAACAGCGACUGUACCUCUCAAACCAGAUACUAGUCAGCGACACGAUCGUUCAGUUUCUCUACCAGGAGAAUAUUUUGACGGCGAGUCACGUUGAAGAGAUCGAGUCCCAGAAUACCAGCAAGAGGAAAACCCUGAGUCUCCUCGAUGUCCUGCCGACUCGGGGACCCCGGGCGUUCGACCUGUUCAUGGAGUCGCUGCUCCAGGACUUCUCCUGGGUCAGAGACAGUCUGCUGCAGCAGCUAGAGGCGCAGCCUGCAGCAACCGGACCGGGCUCUGAGGAUGACAUUCCCGAGGCCGUCCUGGGAAGGGUUCCCUCGGACCGGGAGCUCUCGCGGCUGGCGUCCCGGCUGGGCCCCGAGUGGGACUCCCUCCUGCUGCACCUGGGGCUGUCGGCCGGGGCCCUGUACCGUUGCCGCGCCGACCACCCCCUCAGUGCCCACGGGCAGGCGCUGGCCGGCCUGGUGAAGUGGCGUCAGUCGGGGGGGCGGGCGGCCACGGUGGGCCGUCUGCUGGAGGGUCUGCAGGCGGCCGAGGUCCACCCGUCGGUCCUGAGAGAGGUCCUCCAGUGACCCGGAGCGGCGCCCGUUUGUGGCGUUCUUCUGGAAACCGCCUUUUUCCCUGCUGCUCCGGAACGGGGGUGGUGGGGGGGGGGUCAUGUGGGGAGGGGGGGGCAUGGGGGCAGCCCAGGCAGCGUCUGUUUUUUCCCUGAGGGAUUUCUCCUGCUCAUCCUGGGGGUUCCCGAGGCGUUCCCGAGGUGUUCCCAGGCCAUCUGUGAGUCAUCACCCCCCCCACCCCGCUGACGUGUCCUGAGUCGGCCCCCAGGUCUCAUCCCAGUGGGGGGGGCCUGCCCAGAGGACCUCCAAAUUUGGACCUGAAGACUGCGUCAUCAUUGGUUAGGUGAAGGACCCCUUAUGCUAAUCGCCAUGGCGUUAGUGGUCUAGAACCUUCUCUGACUGACUGGACUAUUUCUGUUCUUUUUCAAAGAGGGGCUCGCCUAGUUAAGACUCCCAUGGAGAAAUAGCCAGCCGUAAGACUUUUAAGACUUUAAGACACUUUUUAAAUGUAAUUCUAACACAAACAGCAAUGGUGUGCCAAAGAAAGUACACUUUGGUUGUAAAUAAUCCCUCCUGUUGCCAAUCGACGAUGCUAAGGUACUUAGUGUGAUUGAAAGGGGGGGGGGGGGGGGGGGGGGGGGGGGGGGGGGCUUGCGUUUACUCGGGCUCAAAGAAGACUGCCUUCAAAUCGGUUGUUUUCUUUCUGCGAAGAAGCACAGCGACAUCAGGAACAAUCAACAGAUCUUGGAACUCAAUGUUCCGAUAAUGUAAAUAAACCUUUCCCAAAUCCCAAAAAAAA